AUGGAAAACAAACCAACCGGUAGAGGGCGUGGCUCAACAGGAGCUAACCGGGCAGGACACAGAGGCAGUGGACGUGGCUGGGCCGGAGCUCAACGAGCUGGUAGCGGCUGUGGCCCAUCAGGUGCCAACCCGGCAGGUAGCGGCCGACCCGGCCGUGGCUCAUCGGGAGCCUACCGAGGAGACAGCAGUGGCCGGUUAGGUGCCAUCCCCAAAACGUCUGCUUCAUCAAGCCAGCCAACAUCGAGAGAGCGCCCUUAUUCAUCUUCAGCAAACUCAUUUCGAGGAAUAAAUCGGGGUCGCGGAUUCGGUCCCGGUCCAAACUUUUCUCAACAUCAAAGACAGCCAAGACAAGCCAAUCAUCGAAGACUUGAUUUUCAAUAUCUAGUGAGAUUAGCGAGUGAAAAUGUCGAACCAUCUGUAGUGAUACGAUGUCUCGGAGACCCCGAGAAUGAUUUAGCACAACAUCUCAAAGAGAACGUCGGAAAUUUCGAUUACUUGGAGCUCGUAAUAGUUGCUAUUGGAGGAUUCUGUAAGAAUAAUGGGACUUCCCAGUUCAGCGAAAGCUUUGUCUCCGUUGUGAAGAUAUUAGCUGCCCAAAACAUCUUCAAGCACAUUAUUUCUAUUAUCGUCAACAUUCCCAUAUCUCAUGUAGCAAAUUUGCCCAUGAAGGAAGAGCGUUUAAAACGGCUAACAACUGCUAUUUUCCAUCUGGCGACAGAAAUAUUGGUGCUUAUGCCCGCUUUUGGCUGCCAAUGUUUGGGGCAGCAUUUUUUUAUCGACAUAAUUUCAAUGAAAAAUAUGCCUUCCAUUCAAAAUUUGAAUGUCGCUGAUGCUUUCGAUGUUUUUGAGGCUGGGAUUCAACAGUUGCAGAGGGCAUGGAGUCAACAUAUUCCCGUGGAAAUCAAGAAGGACGACCGUCGUCUUCGUAUGGAGGAAUAUAGAAACGAUUUGGCCCUUCAGGAUCCGCCAGAUGAUUUCCGGACGCUGAAUGUAAUGCCUAACUGGGAGGAUGUUUGUUUAGACGUGGAGCCUUUCCUUCGGCCAAGCAUCGUCAAGGGAGAGUAUCCUGACGUUACAACUUACUUGGAUAUUCAAUUUCGUCUUCUUCGCGAGGAUUUCUUUAAUCCACUGCGUGUUGGCUUAUUGGCGUACAAAAUUCAAUCGGAUCGAAAACAUUCAAGAAUGCGAAAUCCAGACAACAUCCGGCUAUACUAUGGAGUGCAAAUUCUGGAAUACGAUAUGCACGGAGACUGUUACACCAUUCAGUUCUCGAAUGCGCAUUUGAAAAAAAUUAACUGGGAGAGCAGCAAACGUUUUCUCUUCGGUUCACUCCUUUGUUUAUCGUCGGAUAAUUUUUCGUCAUUUCAUCUCUUCACGGUGGCGGAUCGCAACCCGAGACUUUUAUUGAACGGCAAAAUCAAAGUCAAAUUUGAAGGAGGAAUGUUAUCAACAGCUUUAAAAAAGCAGAUCUUCGUCAUGGCGGAAUCGACUGUGUUUUUCGAAUCGUAUCGUACGAUUCUCACAGCGUUACAGCGCAUCAGCCCGGCUAAUUUUCCAUUAGAAGAUUACAUCUUAGGUCGUAAAAGUUCUACGGAAAUGCCCGACUAUCUGUUAAAGAAAGAAAAGCCCAUUUAUGAUAUGACAUGCAGUUCGGAUUUGCCAAGUGAUGACUAUACUAGAAAAGAUGAAGAACAGACUGAUAGUUUUCUUAGGAAAUUUCGGGAUCCCGUUGGGGAGGUCGAUGAACGAUUACUAAGCAUCCAGAAAGUUCCGAUCCUCGACCCAAGUCGCCGUCCGGAUGCAAAAGAGCUUGGGCUAGAUCCUAGUCAGUGUGCUGCUCUGUACGCUGCUCUUACGCAAAAGAUUUCCGUGAUUCAGGGUCCACCCGGGACUGGCAAAACUUAUCUGGGCCUUCGAAUUGUCCAAACUCUAUUAAAAAACAAGCAUAUCUGGAUGGAUGGAGGAGUGCGUCCAUUGUCCAGUUAUCGUCCAUGUUACGGUGCCCAAACAAAAAACAAAAGUUACUGUAUUGACAACCUGCAGUCAUCGCCUAUCCUCAUCAUUUGUUACACCAAUCAUGCUUUGGACCAGUUCCUUGAGGGGAUUUCAAAAUUCACUCAACAAAUCGUACGGAUUGGUAGCCAAAGCAAAUGUGCCGCACUAGAGUCAUUUUCCUUAAUGGCGUGGAAGAAGCGGCCAGGACAUGGCGCCCAGGGAGAUACCAAAAGAUGGAUUUUCGAAAUAUACGAUAAAUUGCGUGAAUAUGAUAAGUAA